AUGUCUCAUACGAGACAAAUUGAUGGUUGUCUCACACCCACCAAUGACCCUGCAACGCUCAAACAUAUUUAUGGCUCAUCCAGUCCCAUGGAUACCAAAGCCUCUUUGGGUUCCAUCAGUUUCUCUGGAAACGUGAUGCAUGUCGGUCCCUCUCGCACACCAUUGGUAAGACCACCAAGUCCAAUGGAUACUAUUCCAUCUCCUCCUCUGUCACCUCAUACUAGAAACUUUGACGAGAGCGACACUCGUUUCACCAAGCUUCUUUUCCCUAAAGCUAGUAAGCCUUUAAGAAGUGACAUCCUAAGCAAUGAAAAAGAGAUCACAUUAAUGAAGCAACCUAAAGAGACGAAAUUGGUGAAGGAAGUCAAAUCGAUGACUCCCCUAUCCGAGCUCUCUACUGUUUCUGCACGCAAAGGUCCUUUCCCCGUGGAAAGUAUGAUGGGUGCUACUCUUUACAUCAAUCCGUUUGAUGAUAUGAAGCAAUCUGGCUACAAAAAGCGUCAGUUCAGUUUCCUUGCUCAUUACAAUUUGACUCAGAAUAAACCUGCAGUCCUUCCCAAGUCGUCAUCUUCGAGGCAUCCAUUUGCAGGAUCGCAUUCUAGUAUUAGAUCUAGUUACAGCACUGUUUCAAAAUCUAGAUACGAUCACCAUUCUUCUUCCUCAGAUUACGAGAGACCUAUCACCAGAAAGCGCUAUGUGAGUUCUCCACUUGAGAAGCUUUUGCAUAACUCUUCAUCCGUUGAAAAUGAUGUUGCUGCUCCUCCUAAGAGAAGAAGAAGAAAGCCCACCACCAGAAAAGCGAAUUCCGCUACUACUCGUUAUGACUACGAUUACACUAAGCUCGUCGACUAUUCUCCUGCGCUAUCCACUUUACCAGACAAUCCUCGUUGUUUGAAGGCUGAGUGGAAGGGGCAGGCCAUGGAUCUCUCCGAUGAUCCAUUAGUGGAAAAGUUGCAUCCUGCAGAAGUUCUCUUAGCCUCCACUCUUAGAUUACCAUGCAAAGUCUAUCUUGACUCAAAAAGAAGAAUUUUUGCUGAGAAGAUGAAGAGACUGAAGAGCCAUCUUCCAUUUAGAAGAACUGAUGCCCAAAAGGCAUGUAAGAUUGAUGUCAACAAAGCUAGUCGACUUUACGCAGCUUACGAAAAGGUCGGUUGGUUGAACGAGUCAACAUUCACUAAGUACUUGUGA